GAAAUAAACAAAAAGGAAUUAAAUAAUUAUUAUUCUACUUUCAAACACCAACGUUCGCGUCUCUAUGUUUCGUACUUUUUUGUUUCCUUUAAAUUCAACGCUUUCGUUUGAUGUCAAAAGCGCUCUCUUCAUUUGUUCUUCACACUCAUCUCCUUGCAUUACAUAUUAUUUAAUAUAUACUAUCACAAGAUGAGAAUCCGUUCCUCUAGACAACCAAAGAUCAUACAAGGCAAAGAGGACUUGGUACUGAGUUCAUCAGGCAUCAGUGUAAUCACUAAUAAUCCGACGAUAUCUCUAGGCUUGUCUGCUCCAUAUCAACAACAAGCUCUUGACCUCAAUAAUAUGUUACAUAACGAGAUGACGAAACAGUUGUAUGAUCAUCAAUUAAAAAUUAUGGGGGAAAGAGCCGUGUUGUACAUGCAGGCGAAAGACAAAGCCCUCGAAGAAGCGACCAGAAAGUGUAGAGCGAUGGAGAUUCAUUUGUCGGAAGUCCUAGAUGAAGUCGCUACUUGGAAGACGUUGUCGGAUCAGAAAACCGCCUUGUGUCGAGAUCUCGCCUCGAGGCUCUUGAAAAUGAGGAGGGAAAUGGCGAAGACGACGGGGAGAACAUUUGUAGAGGAGGAGCAAGCGAUCGUCAACUGGGGAAAAUGGAGAGGAUGACAUAGUAGACACAGCAACAACCCUAAGGUGGAAACGACGCCGUCUUUGAAAGAGGCGGGACUUGUGUGUGAGAUGUUUGAGCCACGUACGUGUGUAUUUUGUCUUUGCGCAUGUGUGAUAGAGCUGUUGCAUUGUUCACUGUUCCCAUUUAUAAUUGCCAGCUAUAUAGUUGUGUACAUUAAUAAAUCCAAGAGUUGAAGACUUUAGCACAGGCAAAGCAACAUCGCUGAAUGUCUUAACCGAACUUGAAAGCAGUAAAAAAGAAGUAAACAUGUUGGUUAUAUUA